AUGACAGCCCCAUUGUGGCUGGUGGCUACAGUUUUGGUUGGGGGAGACACCAUGGGUCCUGAAAGUAUCUUCCCCAGUCAGACUGAGGAACUCGGGCCACACCAGGGCGGUACAGAAGGCACUGGGGAUUGGAGCGGUGAGGAACCAGAGGAAGAGCAAGAGGAAACGGGGGCAGGACCAGCUGGCUACUCCUACCAGCCCCUGAACCAAGAUCCUGAACAAGAGGAGGUGGAUCCGGCACCAGUGGGGGAUGGAGAAGAUGUAGUUGCUGAUAUCCAGUGUGGGAGCCAGGCCCUGGGGCUUCAUUUCCCAGACCCACCAUUAGAAAGCGAGGAUGCACAAGAGGAGGGAGCUACAGCACUGAGCAACCACAGCUCUAUUCCCAUGGACCCAGAACGCGUAGAGCUGGUGAAAAGGACGAUGGCUGGAGUAAGCCUGCCUGUGCCAGGGGUUCCUGCCUGGGCUCGAGAGAGAUCAGAUGUCCUGUGGGAAGAUGUAGGACAGAAGGUCCUCCAAGCCGGGCAGGCUGCCCCUGCCUGGAAAUGA